ACUUCCAAAUAUGAGAACAUAUAUACAGUCUAGCGUUGCUGGGAGGAAUGUGAGCUCGUUCCCCCGCUGCCUGUUGGUGAGGCUGGUGGAGUGUUUGAUCAGACCCUCGUCGUCCACAUCCGUGUUCUCCUGAGACACCAACAACGACACAUCUAGGAGUAAACGUCAAUUUCAUCAGCAAGAUGUUUGACGUACGACAAUAGAAGGAACAUUUUUCAAAAGACAAACAACGCCGCCCACGAGGGUGACGUUGGUGCAAUGGGUAAACAAAGUAACCGAUAUCUGUGAGCAAAGAGGUUGGAGAUCGCAUACCAUGUAAACCUAGUUCUCUGGGAUCCGGGAGGCAGGCAUUUGAACCUUCAUUUUGAACCUUUGAUAACCCUUCUUCUCCAAUAUCAUCCAUUGCCCGCAAUUGAAUAAGUUGCAUUGCCAACUUAUGACAUAAGUGUACUUCCUGAAAAAGGCGAAAGUAAAUUAUGCAAAAUCACGUCAGCAGAGACCACGUUUUUGAAAAAGACGAUGUCUUACAAUCACUUCAUUGUCUUCUCCAUCUUAUGAAUAUCCACAGAUGAUGUAUGUAGAGGUAGAUACAUUAAAAAACCAAAUCGCUAGGGGAUACAGACAAGAGCAUAACAUUCAUUCACAUCGAGUGUAGGAAUGACUUUCAAGGCACCACGUUUAUGACCGGAGAGCUUUCUUGGAGGCACCGACCGAUCAAAACACGGAAGUAGUCUGUCAUUGUUUUGCCUGUUUUAAUAUCUUCGACUCGUAUACUCCAAAACAUUUAAAUAACAUCGAUUAGACCAUUUGUAGCCCAGUCUGCGACAUGGAAGACCAGGAGAUGCAGCUGAAAGUAAAACGAGUCUCCGACAAGUUCACGGAGAGCAUGUACGUCCUGGCCAACGAGCCCUCAGUGGCCCUGUACAGGCUGCAGGAGCACGUCCGCAGGUCGCUGCCAGAGCUGGUGCAACAUAAGACUGAUAUGCAAAGCUGGGAGGAGCAAAGUCAAGGAGCCAUAUACAGUGUGGAGUAUGCAUGCAGUGCAGUGAAGAGCAUGGCCAACAGCACUGUGUAUUUUAAAAGCAUAGAUGGCCUCCUCCGCCAAGCGAUCAGCAUGAAGGAGCAAAUAAGCAACUCUCAAGGACGCAGCUCACUUGAUGUGAUCCCCGCCCCCAGCCCCCCCGCCCCUUCUCCAUCCUCCCAAACCAUUCCCUCAUGACCCCUGGAUGCAGGUGUUAAAGGAAAAGGGGCGUGGAGCCGGGGGCGGGGAAAGAAGCGGGAGAGAAGCACGGCUCUGGGCAGUGAGCCGGCCCAUUCAGCCGGCACUGUCACCCCUACAGACUCCCUCUCCCGCUCCAAGCUGAUGGAUGCUGGGGUGGGGUUAAAGUUCCAACCCCCUCCUCCUUCAUUACGUUGAGCAACUUGCUGACCACACACACACACACACACACACACACACACACACACACACACACACACACACACACACACACACACACACACACACACACACACACACACACACACAGCUCAGUGGAAUGGAGCCAAUGCACUGCUGGACUCUGCUUUAAAACAUUCGAGCAAUGGACGCCACUCAAAGAAAUCUUUGUUCACUGGGACACACUAGACACCGGUGGGGUUGGGGAGGGGGGGGAGGUAGAGUCGCCAUUUUAUUUGCUAUUGAGAGGUUUGGUUACUUUUGGAUGAGAAAACACUGCUGCUGCAGUUAUGUGACGUUGGUUGUGAGAAGCCGAUUGAAGUGUGUAAGCUUGCACUCAAUGGAAAUGUUUGUUAAUUUAAUGUCUGCUUUUUAAUAAAAAUGUAACGUGUCAAAUUUGGAAGACUCAUCUUAUUAUUAUUAUUAUUAUUAUUAUUUAGCAUUAUGAUUGCUGCUUCCCUAGGCUUAACAGUUGCUUGGGAGGUACAUGGUA